AACGAUGUCGUUUGUUGAAAAAAUGUUAGAAGAAAAGGUCUCUGAUCGAAAACGAAGCAGAGAGCUUCAAUGGCUGUCACUUCCUCUUCUAUGCUGCUUCGGAACUUCUCUACGGCGGGGAAGGUUGUUCAGUCUGUGAGAGCGACUUCGAGAAUUGUCUUCUCCACUGGAGAAUUGAUUAGGGUUCUUCCUUAUACUCGUUCCUCAAGAUUCAUUUGCUCUACUCGUGCUGCGCAUAAUGAAGAGGCGGCUGCAAAAGCUGCGGCUGCUGUUGCUGAUACUGGAGCUCCGACCAUAUUUGACAAGAUUAUAGCUAAAGAGAUUCCAUCUGACAUUGUUUAUGAAGAUGAGAAUGUUUUGGCAUUCAGAGACAUAAACCCACAGGCUCCUGUUCAUGUUUUGGUCAUCCCCAAGUUGAGAGAUGGUUUGACCAUGCUUAGCAAUGCUGAACCAAGACACGUAGAUGUUCUUGGGAAACUUCUACAUGCAUCCAAGAUAGUUGCUGAGAAGGAAGGAAUCCUCGAUGGGUUCCGUGUGGUUAUCAACAACGGUGCUGAAGCCUGCCAAUCUGUUUACCAUCUUCAUCUGCACGUCCUCGGGGGGCGACAGAUGAAAUGGCCACCCGGUUAAGAAGAAAGAUUCUCGUUUAACCAAAGAAUUUAUGGACAAGGAGCUCCAAAAUUGUCAACUCCAAUCCUGUCUUGUAUGGUUUAUGAGUUCUUACCACUGUCGGAUUUAUCCAGUUGUGAGUUCCUAGAGAUUAGAUAGAUUCCAUUUCCAAUUGUAAUCAAAUACUUUUUUUCUUUCUCUAUUCAUAGUUAGAAAUAAUUAUCAACAUUUUAUAUGA